UCCUUGUAUAAUAAGUUUUCCUUACAUGAUCGGAAUAUAGAAACUAAUGAAGUUAUAUAAGUAGUAGUAAUUGCCUUUUCUUCUCAGGCAAGUCCCAUUAGCAAUAAGAGAGAAAGAGAAAGAAAUAAUGGAGAAUCCGGCGGCGGCGGCGAAGAAAAGAAGCAGGGGACGGCAGAAGAUUCCAAUAGAGAAGAUUGCUAAUAAGAAUAGCUUACAGGUGACAUUCUCAAAGCGUCGAGCAGGUCUCUUUAAGAAAGCCAGUGAACUAAGUGCAUUAUCUGGUGCUCAAGUCGCCGUCAUUGUUGAAUCUCCUGCCGGUAAACUCUUUUCCUUCGGAAAUCCUUCUGUCGACUCUGUUAUUCAUCGAUUUGAAAAAGGCGAAGAUGAUGGGUUCAAUUCGGGUAGUUGGUGGGAAGAUGUGUGUUUGGAGAAUUUAGGGUUACAAGAACUUGAAGAAUAUAUGGCUGCAAUGCAAGUUUUGAAGAAGAAUUUAUUGAAGAAUCAAGCUAGUAGUAGUAAUGAUGAUUUGAGUAUGAUGCUCAAUGAUGAUGUGUUCAUCCCCAAUCUCAAUCUCAAUCUCAAUCUCACUUUGGAGGGCUUCCUCUUCAGUACUAAUUUCAAACAAAAUACACAGGGAAUUUAAGUUGCUAAUUUCAUUCUU